GCUUGGAUGUUAUGUUUGCUCAGAUUUAAUGAAAGUGUAGAGAUCAGAAUUGUAGAUAAGCUCUGCUGGCCCACUUUUAACAGUGUAGGAUAUAAGCAACAAAAUAUUCUUGUUCUAAAUGCAGACAUAAAUUUCCUUCAAAAAGCUACACAGUGAACUGAGUACGAGAUCAUAAUGGUUGGAAAAUCACAAAGAUUGAAACUGGGGCACACAACACAGGAAUCAGACUGUAAGGAGAAGAAUCUGUAUGCUACAAAUGGGGAAACAGAGCAGCGUUGUGGGGAUCACGGACGAAGACUGGAGUUGUUCUGCCAGGAGGAUGAGGCCUUUAUCUGUGUCCUUUGUGUUCCCAAACACUCCAGCCACAGUUUUAUUUUCCUACAAGAUGUGAUCAGUGUUUAUAAGGAAAAGAUGAAAGCCGUUUUAACAUCUCUAGAAUCUAACGUGAAAGAUUUUAAGUACUUGCAAAGCCAGCAGGAAAAGGAAAUCCUAAGUAUACAAGACGCUGCAUUAAGUUUGGAACAAUAUAUUAGACAAGAAUUUGCAAAAUUACAUCAGUUUCUCCAAGACAAGGAACAGAAUCUCAUCCAGCAAGUUAAGGAGAAAGAAGCCAACAUUCUAAAAGAAACUAAAGAAAGUCUUCAGAGUGUUAAACAAGAUAUUAUUUCCUUCCCUGUGGUAGAACCUGACAGUGACUUGAAACUAAAAAAUAAAGUAACAGAAGUGGAUAUUCUGGAAAAGAUGGUACAACAUGUUGAGUCCACUGAAAAAGAUGUUAUGGCCACUCAGAAGACAUGUGAUAGUAACUUGGAGCUCGGGCAGCAGGAGUUUGUUAGAAUACUAAGAGUCCCACGAAGCUUUGAAGAUGUUGCUGUUAUCUUCUCAGAAGAGGAGUGGAAGUUGUUAAAAACAGAAGAUAAGGAGCUUCAUAAGGAAGUGAUGUUACAGAAUUAUGACAACAUGGUUUCAAUAGGAUACAGAAUUCCCAAAAAGAAAUUAUCACUAGUAUUCAAAGCGGAUGAUGAACCACCAAAGAGUGUUUUAAAGAGAAAAAACACCACAGAACAGAAGGAUAAUCUUCGUGAUAACCGCAAGAGAUGCAAAAUUCCACAAAAGACGUUACCACUACAAUUCAAAGCAGAUGAACUGCCAACGAGUGAUUCAAAGAGAAGAAAUACCACAGAACAGAAAGAUAAUAUUCAUGAUAACUUCCAGAGUACUGGAAGCUCAGAGUGCAGUGUGAGCUGUAGGCAGCAGUCAUCACUUGAGAGACCCCAGUUACAUUACCCAACAGAGAGACUGCAAGUGUGUGAUCAGCCUGUGAAGGUCGGUGACCAGUUUCAUCUCACUCCUGUACCACAGUUUCAGUUGGGACACUGUAACAGAAACCCUGAAUGUGACAAGGGAACACCCCAAUUACUUCAGACAGAGAACCUGCAGCAGUGUACUCAGGCUGAAACAGUAUACAACAAGUUUCAUCGGUCUCCUGUAUCAUACCUUUACUCAGGAAAUAACUGCAACGAGACUUCUGAAUGUGACACAGGUCAGAUAUUUCACAAAGAGAAGAAACUAUAUAAAUGUACUGAAUGCAACAAGUCAUUUGUUUGUGCCAAAAGUCUCAAAAGCCAUCAAGCCCUUCACACAGAAAAGAAUGGGAUCCAUUCCAAUCAUGGCAUUAGAAACCCAAAAGAGUUGGAGAAACUAAAUGAAAAGAAAUCAUUUAAAUGUGCUGAAUGCAAUAAGUCCUUCAGAUAUCUCUUUAAUUUUCAAAUACAUUUUGCAAGUCACACAGGAGAGAGACUAUAUAAAUGUGCUGAGUGCAGUAAGUCCUUCACAGAUCCCAACCACCUUCGUUUGCAUCUUGUUUGUCACAAUAGGAUUAGACCAUAUAAAUGUGCUUACUGCAGUAAGUCCUACAAUUUUCACCGGUAUCUUCGUGAACAUCUUGAAACUCACACAGGGAUUAAACCAUAUAAAUGCGCUGAAUGUGGUAAGUGUUUUACAAUAGAAAGAGACCUGACACGCCAUCAGUACUCACACACAGAUAUUAGACCAUUUAAAUGUUCUGAAUGUGAGAAGUGUUUUAGACAAAAGGUAGAACUAAUCCACCAUCAGCGCUCCCACACUGGUCUUAAACCAUUUAAAUGUGCUGAAUGUGGCAAGUGUUUUACACAAAAGUCAAGCCUAAAAUGCCAUCAGUACUCUCAUGCAGGGAUUAGACCAUUUAAAUGUACUGAAUGUGAUAAGAGUUUUACACAAAAGAAGCAACUAAAAUACCACCAGAAUACUCACACUGGAAAUAAACCAUACAAAUGUGCUGAAUGCAGCAGGUCCUUCACAUAUCCUAGCAACCUUAAAUCACAUCUUGCAAUUCACACAAGAACAAUUACAGAAGUUAAGAAAAAAGAAAAAGCAUAUAGAUGUGUUGAAUGUGAUAAGUGUUUUAGUCGAAACAGAAGUUUAAUAUGCCACCAGUACUCUCAUGCAGGGAUUAAACCAUAUAAAUGUGCUGAAUGUGAGAAAUGUUUUACAAAAAAAGAAAAACUAAAAGACCACCAGAAUACUCAUCUAGGGAAGAAACCUUAUAAGUGUCCUAAAUGUGGUAAAUGUUUCAACAGUUCUAGUAGUUUUCACCGACACAAGAAAAGCUGUCAAAAGAUUUAAAUUCAAAUGUGUGUUCAUUAAUACACCAGAUUUGCGGAAAACAUUAUAUAGACCAAGAAACUUUGGGCCAUUUGGAAAAAGAAACAACUGAGGAAGUACAAAAGUAUAAACAAAAUUUCAAGAUUUUUGAAUGGUAUAAAAAAGGAAUAUGGAUGUAGAAAAGAAAGAGAGAUCAGAUAUGGUACAAUAUUUAUGCAAGGAGAAAACCAAAUUAAUCAGCACUAUAAAAGCAGCCCCAAAUAUAUUCCAAGAGAAAUACAGGCAAAAGCAUCCAGAUGUGGCAAACUUCACAAUACAAAAAAUAAGAUCACAGUGGGAACGUAGAACAGAAGAUUAGGAAAGUAGAAGUUAAAAGUGGAAACUGAAGAUGUCCUUCAAGGAUGCAUCUGCAGUCCUUACAAAUGGGUUGUCCUGUCGUCAGGCAGCCCUUCGG